ACCGACACGCUCUACUCUUUCUCUUGGCUCCUUGGACACCUCGGAUCACACGUCUCAAGCUGUUUCUGAGCCAUGGACGCGCUUUUAGACCAGAUCAAGCAGGCCUCGUCCUCGGUGGACAGAGCAGUCCGGAUACCGCUCUCCUAAUGUUGACAUCGGACAGCACGGGGAACGCCAAAGCAGUAGAGCUCAGCCACGCACAGAUACUGGCUGCUGUGGCGGGCAAGACCUCGAUCCACGUGGACUCUUUGCAUAUGGUUUCGUCGCCCGGGAUGUUCCCUCGAUCUGCUGAGCAGGCAUCGGGUAUACAGGUCGUUCGCGCCCAACUUCUUCCUGACCAAGGUGGUCGCCUAGCUGAAAUCGUCCUUUUCCCUCCGCCCGCCCAUGGCGUCCUGGCCCUGCUCAAGACGGACGAAAUAGCUUUGCAAACGUGCAUGCUAACCACCGGGAGCCGGCCGCAUGUCUUUUUGCUCCGCGACGCGUCCCUGCCAUUCUUGCCUGUCUCAACACUAGGCAGAAUUUCGCGUGUCAAGAUGAGGAACCUAUUCGACGACGGCGUUUUCGAUCCGGAUGUGGCCGUAUACGACAGGGCUGUAUGGGAAGCAAGGCAAGUUAUCAGCUCGGGGGGACAUCUCCAGGACCCCACUGGAGGCGAUACCAGUCUGAUGCGAGACGUGGCCGAGACUCUAGAGGUCAGCGUGACGGCAAUAUGGCUUGACUCUCCAUUUUACAGCCCAGGGAUCACGUCGAUAGACUUGAUCAGGCUCAAGAACCGGAUUGACAAGCGACUGGGCACGGCCCUGCCAAUUAUUAUACUGAUGAAGCACCCAACGGUGCGAGAAUUCGCAGCCUCACUUGAGAUGCACGUUGGGAGCUGUGACCGCGGCGCCACCUAUAAUGAAAAUAAUGUAGUGCAAGGCGGGGCAGUGCCGUAUGACCCCGUUGUGGCGUUCCAAACGGCGCGCGGAUUUGACCACGGCCCGCAGCCGUUUAGGUCGAUCGCUGAGGCGCGGGAUAUUUACCUAGCAGCGAUCCGGCAGCGGCAGCCGCGUGGGCCGUACGCCCUCGCUGGGUACAGCUAUGGGACGAUGCUGGCCUUCGAGGUGAGCAAAGCACUCGAGGCGGCGGGAGAAGCGGUCGCCUUCCUUGGAAGCUUCAACCUGCCACCGCACAUAAAGCAUCGUAUGCAGCAGCUGAGUCGGAACGCCUGUCUCCUGCAUUUGGCCCAUUUUCUUGCCCUCGUUACCGAAGGUUUUGCCGACGAGAAAGAGGGGGACCAGACUUAUCUUGUCCUCCCGCCCGCCGACGCCCUUCGGUAUAUCCUGGACGCCUCGGAUAACGCUCGACUUCAGGAUCUGGCCCUAUCCGAACAGGAUUUGGACCGCUGGGUCGACGUUGCUUUUGGGCUGCAAGGCAUGGCCGCAGACUACGAGCCAGAGGACAUCGUCGCCGGUAUCGACGUUUUCCAUGCCAUUCCCUUGCGCGCGCAGCUCGCAACCAAGAAGAAUGAAUCCACAUUCAAUUGGCCAAAUGGAAUCAUUUUUGUGCCUCCGUCCCUCGCUUCCAUGCAACUGGCGGUGCUCACUACACAAUGCUCGGUCCAGAUCAUGUCCAGGCAUUUGCCGUGGAAUUGA